CUAUUUGGAAACUUUUCUGUGUCAUAAUUUGGGGAUUUUAAAUUGUAACCAAUCACGAACGCACCCGUAGAGGAUGUAGGAGAGUCCGCAGUUCUCCACGGGAAGAACAAUAUCCUGCUACCCAGCACUUGUCUUGCUCUCUAGCUAGCAUCUGUCACUCCUUGUAUUUGGUUACACAACCAUCUCCUAUGCAAAACAGUAACACGUGUCUCGGCGUGGUGUAAAAAAGCCUUGUUUACCUCAGCAAAACAACACGGAAAACUAUGGAUAUAGAAUCGACAGUCUCAAGUAGCUAGCUAGAAAAGAGGAUGAAAAGAACAUGAUUAGCACCGAUGGCCUCUCUAAAUGCGAGGCGACCCGGCGCGAGACGGGGAAAAGGCCACUGGGGGAGAUGCUGCGCCUUCUGUCCGCUGUCAUUGUCUGGCUUGUGACGGGGACGACGAUCUCCAGUCUUAACAAAUGGAUAUUUGCCGUGUACAACUUCAGGUACCCCUUACUGCUAUCGGCCCUGCACAUGUUGACAGCAAUAGUGGUGGACUUUUGGCUUAUUAAACUGCGAAUGCUCCAGCACAAAGGCGGUGUUGACAAGCAUAAGGACCUUACCAACAGCGCCAAAUGGAAGGUGUUUCUAUUGAGCUUGACAUUUUGUGCCAGCAUCGCGUUUGGCAACGUGGGUUUGAACUACGUCCAGCUGUCAUUUGCCCAAAUGAUCUACACCACCACGCCAAUCUUCACCCUGGCCAUUUCCACCCUGAUCUUGGGCAAGCAACAUCACAUCCUCAAAUACACGGCCAUGAUGCCCAUCUGUCUGGGAGCCUCGUUCAGCAUUAUGGGCGAGGUCCAGUACGACCAGACAGGUUGCUUCUUCGUAUUCGCUGCGACAAUGUUGAGAGGUGUCAAAACCAUCCAGCAAAGUAUCUUGCUCCAGGAGGAGAAGAUCAACUCUGUGUUCCUGCUCUACCUGAUGUCCAUCCCCAGUUUCUGCAUCCUGGCCGUAGCUGCUCUUGCCCUGGAGAACUGGGCCGUGCUGGAGUCUCCAAUGCACUAUGACCACAACCUGUGGCUCUUCAUCCUGCUCAGCUGCCUGGGCUCAGUCAUGUACAACCUGGCCAGCUGCUGCGUCAUCACCCUCACCUCUGCCGUCACCCUGCACAUCCUAGGCAACCUGAGCGUGGUGGGCAACCUGCUGCUCUCCCAGCUGCUGUUCGGAAACGAGAUGUCAGCGCUCAGCUGCGUCGGCGUGGCGCUCACGCUCUCCGGCGUGCUCAUCUACCAGAACUCUGAAUUUAUCUCCGACUACAUGGACGCACGGCGAGCCAAAGCCAGGGAGCUCAGCCGAGGGAGUGAGGAGGACAUCGCUGGCCAAUCACAACCGCCCCCCCAAGACCAGCAGGAGAGGAUAGAUGCCGAUGGCAAGCGAGAGGACAAGAGAGACUGAAA